AUGACACUCAGCAUCCCGCUCCGCCGCAGCGCGGUCACCGCUGCCCGGGUCCAGACCUCCACCACUUUCAUCUGUUCGCAAUGCCGCCAUGCGACUCUCCUUCGACGCCCUAAGCGUCCCUACACCUUCACUCAGCUCAUCACUCUGUCGGACGGCAGCACCUUCACUCACCGCACGACGUCUCCCGCCCCUGUCUAUCGCUCCACCCGUGACACGCGCAAUUCCCUACUGUGGAACCCAUCAUCGAGCAAGUUGAUGAAUGUCGAAGAGGACGAGGCCGGUCGACUGGCAGCAUUCAGAGCCAAAUUCGGACGGAGCUGGGACGCGAAUACCCCUACUGAGGCCGAAGCAAACAACAAGGCUGAGCAGACGGAUAAGCAGGCUGAGGCUGCGGCAAGAGCCGCUGCUGAAGAGGAGGAAGAGGAUAACUUGCUGGACUUGAUCAGUUCGUUCGGUCAGGAGGAAGGUCAGACAUCAGGGAAGAAGAAGAACUGA